GUCUGAGUUUGACAAGCCGAUGGAAGCAACAUGAGCGGAGCCCGGCGGGACGGAGGAGCGGCGGCCGACAGCCUCGAGCUGAACGGGACUGCAGCUUUGGGAUUACAUGACCAGGACAUGAACACGGCUGCUUUGAAUGAAUUCAAAGUGAUUAACAUCGUCAUCAUCGCCCUUGCCUUUUGUAUCCUCGCCAUCACCGCCUUGUACUGCGUCACAGUCUGCUACAACCGCACCAGGCAAUCAAAGCGGGCCCAUUCGUACGAGAGUGCGGUGACCCAAGGCGAGCCAGCUGACCCCGUGGCAGUCAGAGCAGUGAAGAGGUCGACCAGCUUCAUGAACCCUCUCGCCUUCUUCAGGAAACAAGACCCGGCGAGGAACAGCAACAAGAUCUACUACAUCUACAGUAACCCGCUGCCUGUGGGGCUGAAGGAGGAGGAGGAGGAGGACGCGCUGCGGGUCCACGAGAAGCCCACUCCCACGCUGACGCUGCCCCUGUCCAUUCAAGAGUACGCCAACGACCCCGACAGCGGUGUCAUCUUGGACCCGCCCAUUUUUUACAUGCAGCUUUAG